AAACCAAUAUAAUAAUAUAUUCUCACAAACCCCCCGGUCCCUUGUUAUCAAUCAUACAAACUCUGUUCCCAAAUCAGAAGAAGAAGAAGAUAGAAUACAAAAAUUUCAAAGCAAAGCAAUAAUCUAAUCAAAUCAAUGGGUAACGCUCAGUCUCCUCCCACUGAUCCUCGAUAUCUUUCAGCAUCCAGAGCUUUUGCUCAAAAGGGACUUGAAAACUUAAAAUCACUAUUCGAUUCAUUGGCAUCUCAAUCACAUAGCAAUGGAAAAUACAUCACUCCUUCAGUUUUUCAGUCAUAUUUCAAACUCAAUGGUCCUAUUGGGGAGAGGAUGUUUGAUUUGGUUACUCAGGAGCGUAAGGAUCAAAAGUUAACCUUUGAAGACCUUGUUAUUACUAAAGCUACUUAUGAGAAAGGAACAAAAGAUGAAAUUGAAGAAUUCAUUUUUCGGUUAUUAGAUCUAUCGGGAGAUAAUUUUGUAGGAAGGUCAGAUUUGGAAUCGGUACUAAUUGCCAUUUUUAACGAUAUAUUAUGCAUAGAAGGUUCUGAACAUGGAUCAAGUUCACAUCAAGAUAUUGUCAACAUAUUUCUGAGUGCUGCCAAUUUUUCCAUACAUGAUGAAAAGUGCACUGAGGAGGCUAUGUCUUUUGAUGAUUUCAGAAGUUGGUGUACUCAUCUCCCAACUGUGAGAAAGCUUCUUGGAAGCUUGCUUUUGCCACCUGAUUCAGGACGGCCAGGUACUCAAAUUCCUAAUCUACUAACCCCGAAGGAUAUUGAUUCUAACAUUGUGCUUUUGAGAAAAGAGUAUGCUUGGCAUAUAGGAGGAGCACUUUCCCAGCAUGAGUUGGAAGAUUGGAUGCUUUUAUAUCAUAGUUCUGUUAAUGGUCUUAGUUUCAAUACAUUCUUGGGCAACAUUUCAAAUCAUGAAGGCCCAACUGUGCUAAUUCUUAAGGAUAAAGAUGGUUAUAUAUAUGGAGGAUAUGCUUCUCAACAAUGGGAGCGGCAUGCUGAAUUUUAUGGAGACAUGAAAUGUUACAUUUUUCAACUAAAUCCAAAGGCAUCUAUAUUCAGGCCAACUGGAGCAAACACUAAUCUACAAUGGUGUGCUGUCAACUUUAGUUCAGAGGAAAUUCCAAAUGGCAUUGGUUUUGGGGGACGAGAAAAUCACUUUGGGUUAUUUAUCUCAGCAAACUUUGAUCAAGGACAUACAUUUUCAUGUUCUACAUUUGGUAGCCCUUGCCUCUCCAAAACUAACCGUAUAGUACCUGAAGUAAUAGAAUGCUGGGGAGUGACUCAAGGUGUGGUCCAAGGCAAGAAUGAUGCAGUUAAGGGAACUGUACUUGAGAGGUUUAAGGAAGAUCGGCAUAUGCUCAACAUGGUAGGGCUAGCAAAUUCCAGCGAGUAAUUAUUUUCAAUAUGUAAAAAUAGUUUCGUCUUUGUAAAUAAAAAUUUGGUUAUCUUAUCCCGGGAAGUUCUUGUGCUGCACAUCAUCUACCAUUUGUAAUCGCACACAAAAAUGUUAUCUUGAGAAGAUUGUACUUAUUGUUUUUCAAUUACCAUUUUACCUAUUCCCAUCUUCAACCCAACAAUUCUGAAUUGGGUAUGUAACUUGUUGUUUGUACUCAUUUCUUAUGUUUUUACAUUUUUAAUUUAAGUACCAGCAAAUGCUUGAUCA